UUUACUAAAGCAGCAAGCAGCCGCCGGUCCGUAGGCUGUGAGUUUUUGAUCGGUGCACCAAAGUCACACGCGGGUACGUUGGCAUAGUUGAAGUGCGUGUUUCAGAUGAUACGUGUUUGCAUGGUUGAACGCGAAACAUAUCGAUAUCGGCACGGUAGAAGUGCAGCGUACGCGUCUGUUAUGAAUUGCAUAAUCAUGGUGCUUUGAAAUAACAGCGGUCGAUCUAUUCGCGAAGGUGCGAUUGGAUGAUUUGAACUAUUGUGAAGUGCGUGACUAAGGUUUCGUAAAUAUGUAGUUUUAUUGAAGAAAAAAGUGAAGGUUUCGAUCAACUGAAAUAUUUUCAUAACGCAUAUGAUUCAUAUAUAAGAGAAAGCUGUACGACGGAAAGAAGUACUCACGCACAAUAGCGGAAGUCAAUUUCAACGACCGUGUCAGUUGAGUCGGUUUCACAACACUUUUUACAAUAAUUAACGAAUGUCUUAGACCCACUACAUAAUGCAAUUGUUGCGGAUAUUCUUGCGCUUUAGUUGCUGCUUCCUGGUAUUGACACUUGUCACAGUGGCCGGUCAAAAUGAGCCACUCUUCGAAAUUCCGGUGCAGUUGAUUGGUUUUCCGAUAAUUAUAGCAAGUGUAAGAAUCGUCAACUUCCUCAAGAAACUCGCUUAUUCUUUAAGUCCAGAUACUUAUGUCAGUCGAGUGAAACGAGCACAUCCUUUGAUACACGACGAAGAGAUCUUAGACGUCGACCAAGUCGAAAAGAAGCUAGUAGUUGAGCUCGGAAAUAACGUUUGCAUCUACGAGAAAAUUUGUAUCAAGUACGCGGAACGAUCUCAAAGAAGAGGUUGGGAACGCGUUCUUAAUUGGAAUGAGGUAUUCAGGGAGUACAAGUCAUCGUUCAACCCGAUGAAAGAGAAUUAUUUGCUGAGCGUCUUUAUGGGCGACAUUAUUGGCAGUCCGAAGCUAUGUUACUUAUUGGCAAAGAGAGGUAGAGCCUGCGAUAGUAGUUCGUUCGAUUAGACACGAAGUACUAGUAUCUUUUUGUUGAAUCAUAAAUCUUGAUGCCAUAAACUUCAAAUAUUGCAAAUAAACUUUCAAAAUAAACUAUGAUCUGUUAUUUUUUUUGUAAAAUG